AUGCGGUUCAAAUAUAAGUUCUUGUCAUCUUCUGCCGUCUCCCACCAAUCGCCCCACUCUCCGCCAGCCAGGAAAGGGCCUCUCUGUCACUUGUUUGGGCCCCUAACCUACGCUAAAUUGAGCUCAACAAUGGGGGAGAGGAACGAUACAUGGUGUGAUGAACUCUGCACCCCAGAAGUCUGCAGCUGCCAGGGCAUUAAGGGCGAGAGGGGUCCAAGAGGACCUAGAGGUCCACCCGGAGAACCGGGUCCACCUGGAUCACAAGGACCUCCGGGAUUUUGGGGUUCUAGAGGUGAUCGUGGUCCUCCUGGAUUACCUGGUCCGGAAGGUGAAAAGGGUGAAGAAGGUCCACAAGGUCCUCAAGGUUUAGCUGGAACCAUUGGAUUGACGGGUAUUCCCGGUCCUGAGGGACCGCCUGGAAGAAACGGGACAGAUGGACCACCGGGGGAGCCCGGUGUGCCUGGACAAAAGGGACAAGCAUGCUCAACGGAUGGAGGUCCACCUGGUGAAGAUGGCGAGCAAGGUGAAGAAGGGGAGGAGGGACUAUCCGGCUACCGCGGUCCAGAAGGAGAGAAGGGUAUAAAAGGUCUGCCGGGUGAACAGGGUCCACCCGGCCCAGAUGGGACCUACAUUGCCAUUAACCUCAUUCGUGGAGACAAGGGUGAAAGGGGUCACCCAGGCAAAGAUGGCAUUCCAUGUGGCCCCGACAUAAAAUUCGAGGAAAUCAUCGGCACCGGUGAACGCGGUCCUCCCGGUGAUCGAGGCGAACCAGGCCAGCCUGGUGAACCUGGGGCUAAGGGGGAAGUCGGAUUGACAGGAUUUCCAGGUGACCCCGGUGAACCAGGAGAACAAGGACAACGAGGUGACCCCGGAGAAGCGGGUGAACCUGGUGAACCAGGUGAAGAGGGCGAACGUGGUGAUUUGGGAGAUUCAGGAUUGGAUGGUCCCCAGGGCAUUUCAGGACCCAAAGGAGCUCCCGGUGAACGUGGAAUCCCUGGCAGGGACGGAUCUCGAGGUGUAACUGGACCACCAGGCGAAGCUAGGAUUUGGGACUGUGAGAUCACCUCAAAACCAAAGGGUGAGAAGGGUCAACCUGGUUUCGAGGGUCCAAAGGGUGUUCGUGGUGUCACUGGAACACGAGGUCCCAAGGGACCCAAGGGUCAGUCCGGAGAUCAAGGCGACAAGGGUCCUGAUGGGGAAAUGGGUGAAGCCUGUGUUCCUGGACCUCGAGGCGAGAAGGGUGAACCUGGAGAACCAGGGAGAGAUGGUGUGGACGGUCUACCAGGCCAAGAGGGCGAACCAGGUGCGCCUGGAGCACCUGGAAUUCAUGGAAUAGACGGUUUUGGGCAACAAGGUUUUCCUGGUGAAAUGGGAAUUCAAGGUCAAGAGGGACCUCCAGGCGAUGUGGGCGAACCUGGUGAUGAUGGCGACAAAGGGCCUCCUGGAAGAACUGGCCCUGAUGGACCCCGCGGUGAACCCGGUGAUCCCGGAGAAGAGGGAAAACCUGGACGAGAUGGUGAUAUUGGCGAGAUUGGCGAGAAAGUCGACUGUCCACGUUGUGAAAAUGGUCCACCGGGUCUUGAAGGUGAAAUAGGCGAACCGGGUGAGGAUGGACUUCCAGGAGAAGAUGGGAGACCUGGAAUAGAUGGACCUAGAGGUUCCAUUGGUCCAGUUGGUCCUGUUGGACUUCAAGGCCCUGAUGGCGAUAAGGGACCUAGAGGUGAGCAGGGCUAUCAAGGGGAGGCUGGUGAACCCGGUGAUCCGUUCCUGGUGGAAGGAGUCCCAGAGAAGGUCGAACUAGGUGAUCCUGGUGAAGAGGGUUCAGAGGGUCCUCUAGGUGAAACCGGUGAUCGUGGACCUCAAGGCGAAGAAGGCGAUGAAGGUUCUGCUGGUCUACCUGGUCGAAAGGGUGAGAGAGGAAGACAGGGCUCUAUGGGAGAUAUCGGCCCUCCCGGAGAGAAAGGAGAACGGGGUGAACCAGGAGAGGAUCUAGAACACGUUGUUGGAGCCCCCGGAGAUCCUGGAGACGACGGACCGCGUGGGCCACCGGGCAUAAAAGGUGUCGACGGAAGCCUGGGCACCUGUAUCUCAGCUGUCGACAGUAAACUCGCUCAAAAUACUCUUGAAUUCCUCUACGCACCAGCGAUCAACAGUCAGUCUAGAGUAAUUCAAACCUUGACAUUAACCAUUAAAAGUGACUUGACAUGGACUUUCCAUGGAUCCUUAAGGACAUUUUCCCCUUAUUUCUGCCUAGAUUUGCUCGGUGCAAAGGGUGAAAAGGGAGACCAAGGUGAGGCAGGUCCUGAAGGUCCUCGUGGACCCCCAGGGGAGAAAGGUGGCUUUGGUCGCAAUGGCGAGCUCGGUGAGCGUGGUGAAAGAGGUCCUCCUGGCCCUGCCGGACCUGCUGGUGACAGAGGACCGAGAGGUCCACAGGGACCCCCCGGUCCUACGAGCCGAGCAGGACCUCGUGGAGAAGAACCGGAAGGCGAACCUGGAGAUGCUGGUGAAAUCGGGAUUCGGGGUCCUAAGGGCGAGCCUGGAGACCGUGGCGACCUUGGAUCUCGUGGAGGUCCUGGCGAACCUGGCAAACCCGGAGAACCUGGUGAUCCCGGUCCGGAUGGGAAAGAGGGGGAAAAGGGGUCAGCUGGACCAAGAGGUGAGCCUGGACCUCCUGGUCUAGAAGGGGAUGAGGGAGAACAAGGGCCUCCAGGUGAGAAGGGAAUGCCUGGGGAACCCAGUACUCCAGGUGAGCCUGGUGAACCUGGUGAAGUGGGUCCACAGGGCGAACAAGGACCCCAAGGCUACAAGGGUCCCACAGGAGACCAGGGCUUCUGUGAUAUCGCGGGAAUGCCCGAUUACGAAGGACCGCAGCCGGAACCUGGUGAUGUUGGUGAGCCCGGCGAUGUAGGUCCUCCAGGUGAACAGGGAUUGCCAGGUGAAUCUGGCCCAGAUAGUAUGGAAGAGGGCGAACAGGGUGUUCAGGGACCUCCUGGAGAGAAAGGUGAACGGGGCGAGGUUGGUGAAAAAGGACCGGAGGGUCUGGAAGGCCCAAUUGGUGAACGGGGUCCCCCAGGUCCAGAGGGUCCCCCCGGUCCACAAGGAGACCCUGGUGAAGAGGGAGAACCUGGAACAGAAAAGGGUGACCCUGGAGAACCCGGACCCUAUGGUCCAAAGGGUCCACGGGGACCGCCAGGCCAAGCCGCGGCCUGCCCUAAAGGUUCUCCUGGCGAGGAUGGAGAACCUGGUCUCAAGGGUAAAAUAGGUGAUCAGGGACCCGAAGGUGAACCGGGCAAAGAUGGAGAGCCCGGUAAGGAUGAAAUUGGUCCGGAAGGACCACCUGGUGAACAAGGUGAGCCCGGUGAACCCGGCGAUCCAGGUCCUGAUGGUGAAGAACCGGUAGAUGGUGAAGUUGGUGAUGAAGGUGAAGUGGGUCCUGUUGGUGAACAGGGUGAUAGAGGUCAGGCAGGUGAGUUGGGUGAGGAUGGCCCAAUGGGAAUGGAGGGCUCGAAAGGACCAACUGGAGAGGAGGGUGAUGAUGGGCCGAUGGGGGAGCAAGGUGACCAGGGUGAUGAGGGUCAGCCCGGUGGAGACUCUGUUACUAUCAAGGGCCAACCUGGACCCCGGGGACCGCCUGGUAAGAAGGGCGAGAUGGGUCCUGAGGGUGAACCCGGUGAUCGAGGUAAAGAAGGGCGAAUGGGCCAAUCUGGAGCGCCAGGAGAGUCGGGACCAUUUGGAGAGCCUGGCGAAAGUGGUGAAGAUGGGGACGAAGGUGAAUCCGGUGAUUCCGGUCCUCAAGGUGAGCAUGGAAUGCGAGGUCCAGAAGGUGAUGCUGGUGAACGAGGUGAGGUUGGCAUAAGCGGACUCAAAGGGGAACGCGGUCCACAAGGUCCAAAAGGACGCUCCGUUGUCGCUUGUCCCGCUGCUCUGGAUGGUGAAAGGGGUACUAUCGGUCCGCCAGGACCUAGAGGACCCAAAGGCCAGCCUGGUGAUCCAGGUACUGACGGAGUUCCCGGUCCCAAGGGCAAGCAGGGUGAGCCAGGCCUAGGUGCACCUGGAGAACGCGGAGAAGUGGGCUUGAUUGGAAUAUACGGAAGAUCUGGGACCCCCGGUGACCCUGGUGAUAGUGGUGAACCAGCAGAGCCCCCAGAAGCCGGAGAACCAGGAGACGAGGGCCUACCAGGUGAACCUGGUGAAGAAGGUGAACCUGGACUCUCCGGGAAGGAUGGUGAACCCGGUCUCAAGGGGGAAGAUGGCUUGCCAGGCAUGCGUGGUCAUCCAGGCCUUCGGGGCGAAGACGGUGCACCAGGACCUGACGGUGAAGAAGGCGACUUUGGCGACAGUGGUGAACGUGGCGAGGAGGGUCCAAUGGGUCCAACUGGCCCUCAGGGUCCCCUAGGUCCAAAAGGACCCAAGGGAGUCGCCGGCCAUGCCGCUGUCGGUGAACGUGGUGAUGUUGGCGAUGCCGGUGAACCUGGCGAGAUCGGAGAUACAGGAGAGAUGGGGCCUCCAGGUUUUGAAGGUCCACCUGGCGAUGUUGGAGAGAAGGGACAGGCUGGAGUAGAGGAAGGACCUCGUGGACCUUUCGGAGAUCAGGGAGAGAUGGGUGAUGUCGGAGAAGAGGGUGAGAAGGGUGAACCUGGCCCUCCUGGCGAACGGGGUCCUCCUGGACCUGUCGGACUGCCAGGGCCCACCAACUAUACCAACGUGCUCUUCGCUAGGCAUUUUCAAUCGGAUGAGGGUCCAUUUGAGUGUCCAGCAGGGACGCGUUUCCUGUAUGAUGGGUACAGCUAUCUCAUGGGUGGUGGUGUGGACUAUCUUUACAGCAUGGAUCUUGGAAGUGCAAGUUCGUGUAUGCGACGGUUCAACACACACCCUAUGACUGUCUGUGAGAGCGGUAGUGUCUGCCACACUAACAUGCGUCACGAGCGGUCCUACUGGUUGGCUACUCUAAAACCACGAUCUGAGGAACCACUUCCAAUUGAAGAGCUGGAUGGGCGCAUUUCUCGAUGCGUGGUUUGUGAGGCUCCCACGCAUGUCUUUGCCUUCCACAGUCAAAUUAGAAGCCUUACGCCAUGCCCGAGCACAUGGACUGAACUGUGGACGGGCGUUAGUCUCCUAUUGGUAAACAUUCUUGCUCAAACAGCGUUAUUUCAUCUAUUGAACCCAUUAUUUAAUAUUGCCUUUGCCUUGCAGCACACGUCGGGCUCAUUUGGAGGCGGUCAGCCGUUGUCCUCCCCCGGAAGUUGCUUAGAGCACUUUCGAUACUCUCCAGUUAUCGAGUGCAAUAAUAAUGCUGGAACUUGCCACUACUGGAGCGACGCAAAAGUCUAUUACCUUCGCUCCGUCCCAGAAAGCCUGGAGGAGCAAUUCUCGAAGCCCCUCGGAUUGACCUUGAAAGCGGGAGAUGGACCUACGGUGGAUAGUGUCAGCAAGUGUCGAGUGUGCAUGAAGACGCCGCAAUUCUCGCCCAGUCGGGAAUGUAACAUCGACUGCUACUACGAUAAGUGCCGUUGCGUGGCCCCUCAAGGCCCAAUGGGUCCUCCUGGAGCUCGAGGUCCGCCGGGUGUUACAGGCCCCAAAGGUUACCCCGGAGAAAUAGGUCCCAUUGGCCCCAAAGGCCAGCGAGGACCACCUGGAGCCGAUGGAAUUCCUGGAGAGCCGGGUGAACGGGGUCCCAAUGGACAAAUAGGGCUUCCCGGUCCGCCUGGCGAUCCUGGCGAUCCACUAGUCGACAAUGUACCAAUCAAGGGUGAGCGCGGUCCCCCUGGUGACCCCGGUGAUCCUGGUACUGACUGCGAGACUUCCACACUCCUUCCUCCACCGAUCGAUACUCAGGGACCUGUGGGGGAUCGCGGGGAUCCAGGUUUAAAGGGCUUCCCUGGAGUUAAAGGUGAUCCCGGAGACAGGGGUUCUCGUGGUCGUGACGGUCUGAUCGGUCCAAGAGGUCCUCCUGGUCCCAAAGGUCUCCCUGGUGAACCUGGAGAAGACGGUCUUCGUGGUCCUCCUGGUGAACCAGGUCCCCCAGGCGGUGAUAGCAUCUGCACGGGUAUUCUCCCCGGCCGACCAGGAGAACGGGGUUCACCCGGCGAACAAGGUCCCCGGGGUCCCCCCGGCCGUGAGGGUUUCCGUGGUGAACCCGGUCCUAAGGGCUUCCGAGGUCCCGCCGGUCUGAUCGGUGACACCGGUCCCGACUGUCCGAUCGGACCCUCUGGAAUUCGUGGACCCAAGGGUGACCCCGGGCCACCUGGAAGGGAUGGCCCCAAGGGCUACCAAGGUCCCACUGGAGAGGAGGGUCUUCAAGGAGAUCCUGGUGAACCUGGACGAGGCAUCCGUGGUCCUCCUGGUGAUCCUGGAGAACAAGGUCCUGAUGGUCCGAAGGGUGUCCGUGGUCCGAAAGGUGUUAAGGGUCCACGCGGUCUCCCCGGAAAUAUAGGAACUGGGCGUCCAGGACCGCCUGGUGACAAGGGUGAGAAAGGUCUUCCAGGUCUUGAUGGAAAACCAGGCAAACCAGGUCCCAAGGGUGAACAAGGUCCUCCCGGUGAACCCUGCAAUGUCUGCAAGCCUGGACAACCGGGCCCGCGUGGAGAGAAAGGUGAACCUGGCUAUGCUGGAGCGCCAGGUCAGCGUGGACGUGAUGGACCACCCGGAGAACGUGGCGAACCUGGAUCUGUUGGUAACCAGGGUCCGCAAGGACCUCGUGGCAUUGAAGGUGAUCCUGGUGAGCGUGGUCUGAUGGGACCAAAGGGUAUUAAGGGUGUUCCUGGGGCCUCCCGUGUUGACUAUAUAGACACCAUCAAAGGUGAGAAGGGAUACCCCGGUCUUCCUGGUCCUGAAGGUGAGAAAGGCUUCCGGGGGCCUGCUGGCGAACGUGGACAACCUGGCGGACCAGGACCUGUGGGAGAGCCUGGUGAGCAAGGUGAAGCUGGACCCACUGGAAGUCCAGGUCCGAAGGGCCGUCGUGGUGAGAGAGGUCCCAAGGGCCGACCCGCUGGCAUGGUUUUAGGCAUCAAGGGUGAAAAGGGCAGACCUGGAAUGCCGGGACGUCCUGGACCUCUUGGUGAUGCCGGUGACCCUGGAAAUUGUACUGUUCUUGUCCAGAGAGGCGAAAACAUGACCACUGAACGAGGUGAAGUGGGACCAAAGGGUGAUCGUGGUGACCGAGGUGUUCCUGGAGAGCCUGGCAAACAGGGCAUUCAGGGACCUCCUGGUGAUGAUGGAAGACGCGGAAGUAAAGGUCAGCCUGGUUCGCCUGGACCUGCAGGUCCGAAAGGACUUAUGGGGCCACCUGGUGAUGUUGGCGAACCUGGCGAACCUGGACCGGAAGGCCGACGCGGAUUGCCUGGACCGCCUGGACCGAAAGGAAAAGUUGGUCCUCCUGGAGAUGUUGGACCGCGAGGUCCACCGGGUCGACCAGGGAUUGGUAUUAAGGGUGCUGAAGGACCUCCAGGCUUCGAUGGACCCAAGGGUGAAGCUGGUGAACCUGGACCUACAGGACCGCCAGGUGAUGCUGGUGAACCGGGUGACCCCGGAGAACUUGGACUCCCAGGCAUUCCUGGACCUACGGGCCCCAAGGGGGAUCGGGGUGAACCUGGCCCUAGUGGUGGGCAAGGCAUUCCCGGUGCUCGCGGUGAUCCUGGCGAUCCUGGACCCCUUGGUCCUCCUGGCGAACCUGGCGAAGCUGGUGAUCCCGGAACCUGUGUUGGUAUCCCACAAAAGGGUGACAAAGGUGAUAAGGGUGAUCGAGGUCCCCUUGGACCUAUGGGACGUCCUGGACCCAUUGGUGAACCCGGACCCAAAGGAGUGAUGGGACCACGUGGGCCAGUUGGUUUACCUGGACCUGAAGGACCUGUUGGUGAGCCUGGAGAUCAAGGGCCCCCAGGUCCAGAAGGGCCCAAGGGCAGGCCUGGGCCGCGUGGACCUCCAGGACCCAUGGGACCACAAGGAGAACAAGGUGCUCCUGGAGAACCUGGUCCAGAGGGCGAUCCAGGUCCUGACAUGAUUGGAGUCCCAGGAGAGUCUGGGGAUCCUGGUGAACGAGGACCCCCAGGACCAAAGGGUAGUAUUGGUCGUCCAGGCCGACGCGGUCCGAAGGGUGAGCCUGGGCCCGAUGGAGUUGGUAUUCCUGGCGUAAAAGGAGAGCGUGGAGAGCCAGGAGACAAAGGUCUUCCUGGUCCUUCUGGACAGUCUGGUGGAAUCGGUGAGAAGGGUGAACGUGGUCCUCCUGGUGAACAAGGUGACCGGGGUGAAGAUGGUGAUCAGGGACCACGGGGAUCUCCAGGACCACAAGGUCCUGUCGGCUUUGAUGGUCGUCGAGGUCCCAAGGGAAGACCGGGUCUUCCUGGACCGAAGGGUGAAAAGGGAGCUCGUGGUGAUCCUGGCGACGUUGGUGCAAUCAUUCAAGGACUUCCUGGUGAAGUCGGUGAUGAGGGAGAACGUGGACCCCCAGGCCCACAGGGCUUGAAGGGUGAACAAGGACCUCCCGGCGAAGAGGGACCUCCAGGACCAAUAGGAGAGCCUGGACCUCAAGGCGAACGUGGCGAUCCAGGACCCAAGGGAGAACGCGGAGAGGUGGGGCCUGAUGGACCUUUUGGUUAUCCUGGACCGCAAGGUGAGAAGGGUCUUCCAGGUGAUCGCGGGCUUGAAGGAGAACAAGGUCCCAUAGGGCCCUCUGGCGAUCCCGGGUUUGAAGGACCUCCUGGCCGCUGUAUUCCCGGUCCUUCCAGCCAGAAAGGUGAACCUGGCCCCGUUGGACCCAUGGGACCUACUGGUGAAAAGGGCCUUCCUGGUCUUCCCGGCAAGGUUGGAAAGCAGGGUCCUCCUGGUAUUCCUGGACGUGGAAUUCCCGGUCCACCUGGAGACCGUGGUGAUAUUGGUUUUCCUGGUCCUGAUGGUCCUAAAGGUGAAAAGGGCGAUAAAGGCGAACCUGGAGAAUCUGGUUUACGUGGCCCAAAGGGUCGACGAGGUCCAGCAGGCCCAAGAGGUGAUCGUGGAGACCCGGGUCCCAAUGGUAUGGAUGGACGUCCGGGUGAGCCGGGAGAUUCUGGGCCAGAUGGUGCUCCCGGUGCCGAUGGAGAACCUGGACGUCGUGGAAUCGACGGACGCCCGGGAAAGAAGGGUGUCAAAGGUCUUCCUGGCCUCCGUGGUGAUCCCGGGGAUAUGGGUCCUGUUGGUGAUGAAGGGCCUAUGGGUCCGAUGGGACCACCUGGAGAGGAUGUAGAUGGCAUAGCAGGUCUCAAGGGUGAUAAGGGUGAGCCCGGAAGACAAGGACCUAGGGGACUGGUUGGAGAACAAGGUCCACCUGGACUCGAUGGGCUCAAGGGAGAACGAGGCAUAACUGGUGAACCGGGAGUUCAACCCGGGACCAAUGGGAGAAAAGGGCAAUAUGGGACCCAAGGGGUCCCGUGGCGAGACUGGAUAUCAAGGUCCAGUUGCAUCAUGCCGUUCUUCCAGUGUCUUCGCGAUGGAAGUUGUCAAUUGGGAGUGAGAGCUGAUAGGUCCUAUUGGCUGGCUACAACGGAGCCGCUACCAAUGAUGCCACUGGACGUGAGUGCUGUACGUCAGAGGGUGGCUCGUUGUGUUAUCUGCGAAGCUCCAACACAGGCCUAUGCCUUCCACAGCCAGACAAGCAAUCUGGAUGAUGUGCAUUGUCCGGAGAACUGGAUUGAAAUCUGGAAUGGAUUCAGUUUCUUCAUGCACACAGCCGGUCAUGGAGGUGGUGGUCAGCAGUUGUCCUCGCCAGGCAGUUGCCUGGAGCACUUCCGUUAUGCUCCACUGUUGGAAUGCAACAACGGAAUGAGUCUGUGCAACUACUGGAGUGACGCGAAGGCCUAUUACCUGCGCCAUGUCCAGAACACCACGUCCUUCCAGAAGCCUCAGGGCCAAUACAUGCGCGAGAUCACCUAUGGGGACCGAGGUGUUCUGCGCGAGAUCAGUCGAUGUCGAGUGUGCAUGCGACAGCGCUAUGAGUACUUCCGACGACGAUAA